UUUCACUCUUGUAAGAUUUCUCUCUCUGCAUUUAUAUAAAUCUUCCAGGAUACCUAUGUUCGAGGUAUUGUAGCAGACUUUUGUUUUAGUGGUCGUGGUUGCACAAGUCUAGCUCUAGCGACUGUGCAACUUGUGAUGGCUCGUAGCUGGGAGAAGGAAAGUAGAGGUACUAUGUUUUCUAAGCCAUCGCCUGAACUGAAUCCAAGUAAAAGUAUUGGGCCGAGGAAAUAUUCAUAUCAACAACUAGCAGACGCCACCAAUCAUUUCUCUAAUAAUCAUCUUCUCGGCGAGGGUGGUUUUGGACAAGUUUAUAAAGGAUUGCUAGAUGGUGAAUACUAUGCUAUCAAGAAACUUAAAAAUUUUCCGGACUUACAGUCUGGAGGAAAACUGCAGGAUGAGAUAAUGGUUGUUAGCAGCGUCCGCCACAAAAAUCUUGUUAAACUGCUUGGUUACUGCAAUGAAGGGGCCAAUAAAUUGCUUGUUUUCAAAUAUUUUCACAAUAAGUCCUUAAGCUCUCAGUUACAUAAAAGCGAUCAAAAUUUGGACUGGCAAAAGAGAAUGAAUAUCGCCAAAGGAACUGCAAGAGGACUGGAAUAUUUACAUGAACAUUGUGAUGUUCGGAUCAUACAUUUAGAUAUCAAAUCAGAUAAUAUUCUUCUUGAUGAUGAAUUUAAACCAAAGCUGGCAGAUUUUGGACUUGCCCGAUUUUUUUCAAAUGCUGCUACUCACAUCUCUGAAUCAAAAAUUAUCGGAACCAGAGUCUAUGUAGAUCCAUUCGCAAUAGAAACGAGACAGUAUUCUGAUAAAUCGGAUAUCUAUUCAUUUGGUGUUAUACUUUUAGAAUUAGUUACAGGAAGAAUGCCUAUAGAAAAUGGUGUUGAUAUUGUGAAAUGGGCAAAAUCUCGAAUUAAAAAAGCUUUGAACAGAGAAUUUGCAGCUUUUGUAGAUUCUACAUUGAGGUUUGAUCAUACAGAAAUGUAUCGAAUGAUUUUUUGUGCAGAUGCUUGUAUAAGUAAUUCUCCAAAUUUGCGUCCAUCAAUAAAAAAGAUACUUCAAGCUCUCGAAGGAAUUUUAUCUCCAGAUGAAUUAUCAUCACAAAAAGGUCUAGAUAACGGUGUUCGGACCCGAGGAACCGAGGACCCCAGCAGUGCUAGCUGCUACAGUAACUUGUCAGAGUCUUUAGAGCCAAUCAGAGGUGUGCAGGUUCAGGACAGGCCAGGAGGUCAGGAAGAGUAGAUUUAUACCUGUGUUGUAAUAGUUAGUUGUGGACAUGAUAAAUAUUGUAAUGUAAAGGUCAUGGAAUGUAUUAAUGAUAUUGAGGAUUAGAGUUUGUGCUUGACCCCUUUGAAUAUUGUUAUCCCCUUUGUAUACAUGAUCUUUAUGUUUUUAAGUUAUGACGCUAUGAGUCAACCAAGUUCUUAUGUAUGAUGAGAUACCCCAUUGGAGUAUUUGAUGAGGACUCCAGUGGAGGUUUAUGUUUAUGUAGAUGAUUUUGUUUAUGAUGAGCUUGGUUGAUAUAUGAGAAUGUUUACAGGUUUAUGAGUAUUGGUGAUCAUGUAUGGGAUUAAACAGG